UUGGGGUAAUUUUCUUUUGAAUGUUUUGAUGGCUGGAUUGGAUUUAGGAAGCCGAUAUCUAAAUCACCUUCAAACGGGUGUAGAUGAUCCACUAAAUCGCGGUGGUCAUUUCUCCUCCGGCGACCACGACGACGACGACGACCCCCACCAAACCCUAGGUGGUCCGGGAGAUGUGGUUGGCCGCCGCCCACGCGGCCGGCCACCAGGUUCCAAAAACAAGCCAAAGCCGCCAGUAAUCAUCACUCGAGAGAGCGCCAACACACUACGUGUCCACAUCUUAGAGGUUGGCAGCGGCUGCGACAUCUUUGAUUGCAUCGCCGCCUAUGCUCGCCGGCGGCAGCGUGGGAUCUGUAUUUUGAGCGGCAGUGGAAACGUCACCAACGUCGGCCUCCGUCAGCCAGCGUCGGCAGGGGCGGUACUAACACUUCAAGGGAGGUUUGAGAUUUUAUCACUCUCCGGAUCGUUUCUUCCGCCGCCUGCUCCACCGGGUGCCACUAGUUUGACAAUAUUUCUCGCCGGAGGACAAGGGCAAGUGGUGGGAGGGACGGUGGCCGGAGAAUUAACGGCGGCAGGGCCAGUGAUUUUGAUUGCAGCUUCUUUUACUAAUGUGGCGUAUGAAAGAUUACCACUUGAUGAGGAGGAUCAGCAGCAAGCUCCGACAGGCAGCGGCGGAGGUGGCGGCGGCAGCGGCGGCGGAGUGGGUAACAACAACAACAACAACAACCCAUUUCAAGACCCAUCAAAUUCAGGCCUUCCAUUCUUGAAUUUGCCACUUCAUAUGCAAAAUGUUCAACUUCCACCCUUUUGACAAAGCAUUCAAACCCUUAAAAUUGGACCAAAUUUAAGGGUUUGAUAUCAAAAAUCAAAGCAAGAACAAGCCAUCAAGGUAAGCCAUUGAAUUUUCAUAUGAACAUUUCUUCUUCUAAUUCUUCUUCUUAGGAAUCUUUUCUCAAGUAAUUAUGUAAUGGGUGUUUGUAAAAGAG